GAAGUUGCAUCACCGCAAAAUGCCUUCAGGCGAUUCAAAUCGGCAAGAUGGAGACGCCGGACGGCGAUCACCUUCUCCUUCGUUCUCCGAGAAUUGGAAGGAGCGUAUAUUAAUCCCCACAGUUCUGGCAGGAGCUGGUGGCGGAGGAUUCGGGUUGGUAUCUAAGCAACGGACAGUGCAAGGGUUCCCUCACGUUUCUGCUGCUUACGCUGCUAAUUUCGCCAUCGUCACUGGUUGCUACUGCGGUGCAAGGGAGUUCGUAAGAGUAACACGUAAAUCAGACCCUGAUGAUCUGCUGAACUCUGCCAUUGCUGGUUUCAGUACUGGUGCUCUUCUUGGACGUUUUCAAGCUGGCCAACUCGGCGCUAUUCGCUACUCUUUCAUCUUCGCUGUCGCGGGGACCUCAGUUGAUUUCGCUACCAUAAAACUCAGACCGAAACUAAAGAGUCUAAAAGAAUCCAUAUUUGGCAGCGAGGAAAACAAAGAUGGUGGGUGGAAGUUACCUGAGUGGUUUCCCAUACAAGUGCUCGACGAGGAAGCCCUGGCUAAGAAAGAAGCUAGAGAGAAACAACUUCACGCACAAAGAGCAGCUCUUGCAAAACUAACGAAAGGAGAGUCUUAAAAAAGCAAGAACCCUUUUUCGUAAUUUUGUCGGAGUCCCAGUUGUUUACUUGUUUUAGCUGCCUGGCUUUCACUGCAACUGUAACUCAGCAAGCUGUGAGUUCUCUUAUUGUACAAAAGAAGUUGCAAGCCAUAAUAGAUUAUUCGACUUCACUAUACUGGCAUACGAUACUUCCAGCAAGAGUGGAAUGUAUCGAGUUUUUUGCUGGGCUCGUGGUUCGACUUCUAUGAUGGAUUCACAAGUAUCUAAUGUGUUACUAAAGGUAAAUUCGAGACAUGGAGUAGUUUGGAUUCCGAUAUAGAUAAAGUAAAGUCACUAUCAGGAGUAAGUUUUUGUUCUGAU